AUCUCCGGAAGGUUUCUCUGUAAUCGCCUUAAAACUUUUUGUCUUGUAAAUCAAAACUCAUAAACCCUUCCUUUAACAGCUUCGAGAAAUUGUGUAAAGGCAGGCAAAUCGAAUGGCAGUUCUUCACCGAUUGUUUCGAGCAGCUCGCGUAUGGCGCGGAUCGCUCUCUCAUCCUCCGUCGCAGCCACGUGGACGCGAGUUUCGUCGAUGUUUCCAUCACGGAACCGUUGAGCAGAGUAAUUCAAAAGCAAGUGAUGUCCUGAGAUCUUGCAGCACCUUAAACGAAUCUCCAUGCUUUUCUAUGGCGCCUGCAGUUUUUGGUGCUCUCUUUAGCCUUGGAGCGAUUGGAGUAGCUUAUGCUGAUUCUGAUGAGGCUAAUUACAAAUCAUCUUCCCCCAUAGAUUCUCCCCCAAACCAUGUUGAAGACAUUUCCAAGAAAGAUGAGGUUAGUAACAAGUCAUCUCUCCCAGCAGAUCCUCCACCAAACUAUGCAGACAUUGCCAAGAAAGAACGAGCUCGGAUCCAAGAACUAAUACAAAGUAAAGGAACUCGAUAUGGUUCUUUCCCACGGUUUAAUGUCUCUGUCAGGGGCCAAAAGAUUACCUUGAAGUUUCAAGUUCCUUCCACAUGUGAAGUUGCACAGUUAAUAGCAAACAUUGGAUCACAACUAGGUGUGAAAGUCUCAGACCGCACUGGUGGUUCAGACAUGAUUUUGCGUUCUUGGGACAAUCCAGUUGCUUGGCAAAUAACACUUCGAAGUGUGGAAAAGAAGAAGGAAGCAGGAGCAAGUGAGGAUGAUCCAGAUGAAGACCUGUGCAUUCUUAUCUUUGGCUCCUUACUUACCUCUGAUAAAGUGGAAGUUGAGUUCAUAAAGAAAGGAAGCUUGACUACUGAAGAACUCGAGGCUUUUGUUUCAGCUCUGCAAGUAGCUGGAACAAAACCUGGACAAAACAAAGGAGGAGGUAGAGGAAGCGCACGUGAAGCAUCUACGGACAAAACUAUUUCUCAAUUGGAAUCGAUGGGAGUGAGAAUCUAUGGAGUUAACAAACCUCUUGGAGAUGAUGAUUCUGUCCACGAGAUAUCAUGGGACAAUAUCGCUGGAUAUGAACAGCAAAAACGAGAAAUAGAAGACACAAUACUGAUGGCUCUUCAUAGUCCUGAAGUAUAUGAUGAUAUAGUUCGUGGUACACGGUCUAAAUUUGAAUCAAACCGACCCCGAGCUGUGCUGUUUGAGGUCCACCAGGGUAUACCGUUGCUGUAUGUGCCGCUUGAAGCUGUAAUGUCAAAGUACUAUGGUGAAAGCGAACGGCUUCUUGGGGCUGUGUUUUCACAAGCAAAUGAGCUCUCUGAUGGUGCAAUUAUAUUCUUGAUGAGGUGA